AUGUAUAGCCCACACCUUACGAGUGAUUCGAGUAAAGAUCUAAACACAAAGGUUAGUACCUCAAUACUUGAUGAAGAUAAAGGGGACUUUACGAUAAAUGAUCAGGAAGUUGACGAUGAGCCACUUGAAGAGGAUUCCGUUUUUUGUCUUCCCCGUAACCAUGUUCCUCAUGCUUACCUUGAUCUAUCGAGAACGGAGAUGGCUAGCAUGGAUGAACAUCUUCCAGAAACCAACAUAGGAUACAAAUUACUCAUGAAGAUGGGGUGGAAAGCGGGUCAAGGAUUGGGAAGUUCUCAGCAAGGAAGAAGGGAGCCAAUUCGUAUAGAUACAAAAUCUGAUAGUCUGGGGGUCGGAAAACUCGAAGAGGAAAAUUAUUAUCAUGCGACUAGUACUGCAAAACGCAAAGCUUUGGACAGCGAGAAAAUUGCCGAAGAAACUGAGGAAGAACGCCUAAAGAGACAGUCCAAAGUUCAAAAACGAGAAUCAAUUAAAAAAGAACUGGAAAUUAUCAAUGCGGCAUUUUAUUGUGAGUUGUGCGAUAAACAAUAUACAAAGAUAACGGAAUAUGAAGCACAUUUGAGUUCAUAUGACCACAACCAUCGAAAGCGAUUCAAGGAAAUGAAGGAGAGUAGUCGUCCUUCAACAAAAUUAUAUAAAAAACGCGAAAAGGAACGUAAGAGAGAAGAGAAGGAAUUGGCUAGGAUGCAACAGGCCGCGUUACAGAGAGCCACCAAGCAGUCAUCUCCAGGAGAAUUUCUGAUCAGCGAGACGACCAGCACAUCCACAAAGAUUCUAGACGGAAGAACAAAUAAUGGGGGUUGGGCAACCGUAAUUGAAGCUGGGACUUCCUCUGUUAGUACUGUCCUAGCUGGUAAGACACAAGACGCAACGAUCACCAGUGGUACGAGAGGAUGGAUUUCAACGAACACACCGGAGAAAAAAAGAUUGGACAAUGGGAAUUGCUCCACGUCAAAAGUAGCGGAAUCUAUGGAAUUGAACAAUCGUGAUCAAACUUCUCCGAUAACAUCAUCCCGGGGGACCAAAAAUGAAACACACGAAACGGAUAAUAAGAAUUCUUUUGUGAAUAAUAGUGAAUCAAAAUCAAAAUCAAUAGCGUUUGGCAUCAGCAAGUCUAGAGAACAAUCGGAUGUGACUGAAGGACCUGAGCAAGUUCAGGAUGAUGUUAAAAAGGAGGAAACUAUAGAAGAAAAUAGUUCCCUCUAUUCUAGAAUGUUCGCGGAUCGAGGUCCUAAUAAACGCAAAAUAAAACUACGGGAUAUUGCUGAGCAAAUGAUUGAAGACGCUGAUCCUUGCGAUUCCGACUAUCAGUAUGUUCAACAAGAAAGCAGUGACAUCGACGAAAGUACUGACACCGAUGAUACGAUUGUUAGCGACAAGCAACCUGACGGGGCUGAGCACAUUACUCAAAUCGACACCAACUCCAUUCAACCCGGUCUUCAGGACGACAACAUCAAAGAGUACUUGAAAAAAUGGGUGCGUACAGAUAUUUUGUUCGUUGCGAACAUGGAUUUUAUCACUAAGACUAUAUCUUUGUACUCUCACCAGAAACUUGAUGAUCCGGGAGUUUGUUGUAUAUGCCUCGAAGGCUCUACAACUGAAGAAAACAUGCUCGUAUAUUGUGAUGGUGAUGACUGUGAGGUUGUCUGUCAUCAAGAAUGUUAUGGGAUUGUACAUUUGCCCGCUUCCGAUGAACCAUGGUAUUGUGAUAGAUGCCUGGCGAAACCUUCGGAAACGGUGAAGACAGGUGCAUUCCGCAGGAUGAAAGAAGGAGAUGCGGCCGGAACAUGGGUCCAUGUAGUGUGUGCUUUAUGGAUGCCGGGAAUGUGGAUUGGAAAGACUAUCGAGAUGAGCGAAAUCACGAUUGAAAACAUCGACCAAAAAAAUUGGAAUAGGGCGGAAAAAGCAGCCAAUGAGGGUGCAACUGUACAUUGCGACGCGGGGGAGUGUAAAUCAUGGCUGCAUGUGACCUGUGCUCAAUCUUUGAAUCUUUUGGAGUGCCUUGAGGAUGACCCAGAAAUUUCGGAUCCUUAUUUUGUUUAUUGUCCGCAACAUGGUUCACACGGACCGGCGAGGCUUAAUGAGUGGGAAAAGUGGUGUCGUAAGCGUGAUAGGUUCUAUGAGUCCGUGAGGAAUGUUGAAUCACAUGCAAGAACGGAACGGGUGAAACGGGAGCCUGAUGUAGGUGCAAGCCUUUGUGAAUUGUUUGAGGAUAGUUACGCUCAGUAUCGGCAACGGAGGGAGGAGAAAAUCGCUAAACAGCGAAGAAAGCUUGCUCAGAUAAAUUCUUCUAUACAAGGAUUAAAAGAACAAUCGGAAAAGUCUGAAAGUAACGUGGCUGAUUACACCAAUAAAAUCGAUAAUGCCACGAAAGAAAAUAUUGCUUUGGAGGGUUAUUUGCAAAAAGCACACGAGGCCCUGGUAAUAUUAACGAGAUCGAUGGUCAACAUACCGAACCUCCAAUUAACAAACCCAGGAGUAGAAGGUCAAAACAUCUGCUCUUCGACAAUGAGUUUCAACAAAGCUGCUGUCAGCUCACUAAUAAGUACCCUCGAAUCAACCAAAGAAAUAGAAUGGACGCAGCAAACAAAAGAAUGUGCGAGAAAGAUAUAUGUCAGCCAGUUGGAUACAAGCUGCAUGCAAAAUCUAGGUAUAAAGGCCAUACAAAAAAUCCUAAUGCAGAUGGCCAAGGAGCAAAAAUCAAGGAGAACAGCAAGAAGAGGAAAGAAACGUAGUGCAAUUGGUAAUUCCUCGAGGGCCAUUGUCAAGAGAAGUAAAAAUAUCAUCAACAUUGAUGAGCCCCCAACUGAUAAUGGAGACGCAUCAAAGAAAAAUACCAGAAGAGCCCCCAAAAGGGCUCGACAAAGAUCCUCGCAAAAUGUGCAGACACCUACUCAGGAAAUUCUAGAAUCUGCAAGUAAAACUACCACAAGAAGAGGGCGACGACCAAAGAGUAAGGUGGUUGUUGAGAAUCGUGUGGAGAAAGAUGAUACUUCAAAGGUUGAGGAGGAAGUGGUUGACGUUGUGGACGAUAGUCCGAAAUGUGAUGAAAAUUCGGCGGUUUCGGAUAACCGCGUGGAAAAUGGGGCAUGUACUGAUGAUACUGAGUUGGCCGCCACGAAUAGAAUUGUUGACGCCGUCAGAGAUGACUCCACGAAUGGAAACGGAGCUGGUGACAUCACUGUAAACAACAUCAUUAACGAUAGCGUUGCCGACUCUAUGAAUUGUAAUCGUGAAUUAAACGAUCGAAAAGAAGAACCAUCCAAUAAUUCUACAAACAAUAUGGGCAUUGCAAAAUUACUUAACCCCGUUGAAAAUACCAUCUCAACUUUAAAAAGUAGAAAUAACGUAAACUCUGAUGAUAAUUAUGUUAACUCCUUAACAAAUAAUGUAUAUACUCCAAAUAACAAUCUUGCCGAAGGUUCUAGCACUGGAUCUAGUUCCAUAAAUAUUUCUCUUCAUAAUAACUUCAUUAAUCAUUCAGUGAAUAGUCAUUUGAAUGUUGCAGGAAAUGAAGGAACCUCCUCUAUAUAUCCUAACAAUGAUUUGGGAAUUGGUAACUCCUAUCUGCUUUCCGGUGCGCACGGAAUGAUCAAUUCAACCACACAAACAAACGGCAACUCUACUUCUACAUCAAUGGCCAUCGGUUCGAGUGCACCAACCAUACCUUUCAGCAGUAGUCUCUCUCCAUACAGAGGGUUAAUUAAUUCCAGCGUUACGUCUAUCAUUUCGUCAUCAUCGACAGCUGCUAAAAUUGCUUAUGCCACUCAACCCAGAACACCAAACUCCACCCAUCUCUUUACAGCCACACCCACUCCCGCCGGCUUCUAUACGACGACUCCUGUAGACCCCGAAAUGCUGGCCGAAACGAAAUCGAGAAAACGUAAAAAUGUUGAAUCUGAAAACAGCGGAGAGCUGCAAGAUGGCGAAUCGGAAAAGCGUCGAAAACCAGGGAAACGUAAGUCGAAAAAGAAUUCCGGGCAGCAGACUGAACGGGUUGAGUCGCAACCUGAAACAGUGGAACCAUCUCCGGAACGUCCACCAAUUCCUCAGCCCGUUUGUGCCGUUUGCAGGCUGAUUGAGCCACCACCCACCGACCGUCCCUCCGCUACCUAUAUAUAUCCAUCCAAAGCUAGAGAAUCUAUGCUGCUUAAAGGAAGGGACAAGGUGCACCGUAUGAUCCGAUGCAAUUUCUGCACCAAAUGGUAUCAUUUAGCGUGCAUGAAUCCGCCAAGACGAACAAUGCCGACGGGUGGGUACGUUUGGAGAUGCGAAGAAUGCGACCCCGGGGAUUCAUCAGAUCCUCUCGCACAGCUUGCUAAAUCUAAAGACUCGGCUGUUUCUGAUGGAAACAAUCAACUUCAAGCCGAAUCGCCAGCCUCCACCCAACGUCCCUCCGAAAAGUCUCUACCGGGAUCUUUAACCCGCAAAUGGAGGUUAAG